AAGCGUCUCAUUGACGCGUCUCCAUGUGUUGACUGAGUUGGCGACGGUGAAAUCGAUUUUGAUGAUAGGCCUAUUCCGUCCUGAUUUACAGAAGGCGAUUGAUUCAGCAUAAUGGCGGAGCACGAAGACGAUAUAAGUCAUGGAGAUGACACGAGAACACUCGACAAUGCUCUCAAGGCGAGCAUUGAUAUGGUGGCUCUCAACAACAAGGUUGUCUGUAUGAGAAGCACUGUAAAGAAAGCAAAGAUCUACACAAUUCGAAAGCUGAAGAACCGAUUGAGGCAACUGAAGGAUCGAAAAGGUAGUCCUGAAGAAAUUGCUAAAGACCAGAGAAGAUUGAAAAAAUUUAGACAGGAGCUUCAUGUUAUAAGGCAUCUGAAAAAAGAUCUUAUCUCCAAGUAUGCUUUGGGUUGUACAGACACAGUUCAUGAACUUUGUAAGAAACAAAAUGAUGUCGAUGUCGAGAUCAGAGCUUUGACAAGACUUGCAGAGCACAAGUUGAUGCAGCUGUCCAUCAAAAGAUUUCGAGAAGAGCAUGAAGAUUGGAAAUCUCUGGCAGCUUUUCUACUCACAAAACAAUCAGGACGCAGAAUUAAAAAACAACGGGGGCAAACACCAAUAGAAAAGAUGAUUACGAAUGUGACAACAGGUCAGCUUAUGGUUAAAACAUAUCUCCAGGAUAAACUGGAAAGGAAUGUUGAUAUUCCAAAGGACAAAAAUAUUAAAAAGAAGAAAAAGAUUACAGAGGAAGACAGGGUGUCAGAGAGUGAAACUGAGAGUUCCAUUUCUAAAAGCAAUAUUGUGUCUGUGGAUACUGAGCAGGUUGAUAACAAUAGUUCUAAAACCACAAAAAAGAGUUCAGUGAAAGGUUCUAAAACUAAAAAAACAAAAGUCAAAGAAUCUUUAUCUCCUGUCGACAAGAAAAAGAAUAAGAAACAAGGAAUAGAAGUAGUAGAAUUUAAUUCAAAAGAAAUUGAUGGAUCCGAGUGUUUUCCUUCUUUAUUGGAAGAUUCAAAACAAAAAAGGGAUUUGGUGUCAGAGUUGAGGGGGAUCAGUGAUGAGGAGAGUAAUUCAGAGAUGGAGGAUAAUGAGGACACAAGAAGUGAUACAAGCUAUGAACAGGAUAGUGAUGAAACAAGCAGCGUUGGAAUUUCAUCACCAAAGAAAAGUGUCGAAAAAGUCUGUGGUGAAAUGGUGGUUAAAAAAUUAGAGUUGGAUGAUGAUGUUGUUGAUGAGAGUUUCAUGACAAAUCAAAAUGUUAAUGUAUUUAAUGAUCAAACAUCAACGACAACUAAAUUGAAACGCAAAAAGGCUUCAGAUUCCUUCUUUGUCAAGAAUGACUCGGGUAGUGAGGAUGCAGGCACAGGAAAUGAAGAGGAUGAUGGAAAUGAGGAUGAAGAUUCUGGUGAUGUUAAUGAUGAAUUGAAUGAACCAGUUGGAAAUCCGGCAUCAAAAGGGAAAACAGCUUUACGAUCCACCUUCAUGUAUUCUUUGAGUGACUCUAAAAAGAAGUCUAAAACUCCUGGUGGUCGAGGGAAGACAUGGGAAGGGUCAGGAAGGGGAGGAAAGUCUUGGGGUAGGAAUGAGGAAAUGGGAAAUGUACAAAGGAAGUCAGACACAACAUGGAAAUUACCGAGGAGAGAUGAGAGGUGGUUAUAUGGUGGAAAUAGGGGGCGUGGAUUUGACAGGAAUAGAGGUAGGGGAGGAUUUGAUGGAAAUACGGGACGUGGCAAGUUUGAUAGAAAUAGUGGGCAGGGUAGAUUUGAUGGAAAUAGAGGGUGGGGUGGUCUUGAUAAAAAUAGGGGACAAGGACAAAGCUUUGACAGGCAAGGAGGACAUGACUGGAAAUCUGGCCAGAAAGGGUUUUCGCCGAAGCACGGCACAUCAAAGAGUAUUCCAGAGAAACCUGCAGAUGAGGGCCCACUUCAUCCGUCAUGGCAGGCCAGUAAGAAACGAAAGGAGCAAGGUGGAAUCCAAGCCUUUCAGGGCAAAAAGAUUAAGUUUGAUGACUGAACGUCAGGGGUGAAGAACUAUAUGGGACUUUUGUAAUUUCAGUGGAUAAAAUCAUGUUGGUCCACUUGUAAUAAUUUCUUGUAAUUUGAUGAUUUUCUGUAAAAUAUUGUUACCGUUAAUGUUAUGUCCAUUUUCUUUAAGAUUCUAAAAAUCAUUAUUCAUCAUUGUGGCUGUCUUUAUGGACAUAGAAUAAAUCCUGUUGAAGUAUU